UUUUCAAAUCAUUUUUGUUUUUGUUUUUUUCUAUUCUCAAGAAUAAUUUUCUUUUAAUUAUAUUAUUUUAUUGAAUUAUUGUUUCUUUUUUGUCAAUAAAUUGUCCAACAAUUUAUCAGCGUGUCUCUCAUCAUCAUGUGCGAUGAAAAGAUUCAACAAUUAAGUCAAACAAGGAUCCGUUUUCUAUUUAGUAAAUUCCGAAGCCGAUCAUCCAACCCUGAAGGAUUUGAUUCUAAGCUAAAUUGGUGGAUCGGAGCAAUCAAUGAAUUGUGCAUCCAAGAGCGAAGGUAUCACUUUAAUAUAAGCCAAUUGAGUAAAGCUUUUAAAAGUUGCAAUGUUAUCCCCGAUUUAGACUGUUUAAGAUUAGUCGCCUCGGAGAUGAAGCGUCGGGAUAAUCUGGUGACUCGGGAUUAUUUUAUCAACAAUAUUUGUGCCAACAGCGGACAGAGUUGGUUAUCAUGGGGCCUUGGAUCUUUGGCUAAACCUCUUAAAUUUGGACUCUCCUGGUUCGGUAGUAAAGAGGACGAGCAAGAAGAAUGUGAAUUGAUGGAUCAAAGUAUCUCCUACUCAAGUGAUUUGGUUAAUCUUGAAGCAGUUGUAUCGGGAUCAAGAGAGCUGAUGACUUAUGUCAAUGAACAACAAUUGAUUGAUAAAUGUCUUAAAUAUGAAGAAUUUGAGAAAUCACUUGUUACCUUUAACAUUAAACCCGAUCAAUUGGAGAUUCUCCUUUUAUAUUUAACCUCAAUUAAGCAAGUUAUCACUAUGGAGGAUAAAGGAACCCGAUACAUUAAAUUUGGUGAUGACGUUCAAUUUAGUGAUUUAGAUGUGAGCUUAAGGAGUCUGGAAUCAGCUCGAGAGCUGAUUGAAGAUGACAUUGUCAAAAUAGAAAUGGAGAUUGAAAAAUGUAUGGUAGAAGCCAAAUCAGCUAUCAGAGCAUCCAAUAAGAUUAAAGCUAAGUCAUUAUUGAGGAGAAAGAAACGAUUGGAAGAUGUUCUCAGUAAAAAGGAAGCUCAACUCGAUAAUAUCAACUGUCUCUCUGAACAAUUGGUCGAUGUUCAAUCCAACAAGGCCGUUGUUAGUGCUUAUAAAGAGUGUGCUGAUGCUUUGAAAGCCGCACAAGUUAAACAUGAUGAAAUUAAUUUCACCAUCUCUGAGAUGGAAGAUGCUUUUGAAACUCAGAAUGAUAUUCUCACCGAUUUGGGUAAAAAUAUAACUACAUCGAUGAUCGAUGAUGAUGAAUUGGAAGCUGAACUGAAAGAGAUUAUGCAACUUGAUGAUACUGAGAAGAUAAAAGUACCAAAUAUGUCACCUAAAGAAAAUGAUGAUAAAAUUGAUGAAUUAUACAAACGACUUGAGAAUCUUCGUCGGCCCAUGAGAACAUCAUCUCCACAUAAUGAACCAGCGGCUCGAAAGGUGAAAAAAGUAGCCGAUUAAAAGAUCAUUUUAUUUUCACUCUCUCUCGUUAUCGAAUCGAUUUCAUCAAUAUAUUUACUAUUCUAAUGGUUAAUCCUUGUUCAUGUUAUCAUCCAAUUUAAUUCAAUGGAAUCAAAUUCAACAUCAAAAUUCAACUCUCUUUUCAACACUCUUUAUAAACAUCGAUACAUCUUACCUGAGUUUCAUCCUCUAAUCUACAUCUAAUCCAAUUAUUUACGAUCGCUGUUCCAAAGGAAAUUGAAUCAUUCAAUGCAACUCUCAAUUCAUUGUCGUGCGAUGGACAUGAGAUUUCAAAGGAAAUUCAGAAAAAUGAACAACCUGCUUAUGGAAAUCAUCGUUUGUUUACCGAUAAAACAACAAGUUAAUCAACGUAAUUGCAAAUUUUUCCAAAAAUAUCUCGUGAAUAAUCAACAUGGAAUUGCAUCUGUAUAUUGGAAUCGAUACUUUUAUAAUUCGAAAACGGUUUUCUUUUUAUUACCAAGCAUUUCUACUUUUCGAGGUUAAAAUCGAUAUAAUAACUUUCCAAAAAUUCAAGGUAAUUUGUUAUAAAGAUGUUAAAUUGUCCUUGAGGAUAAAGGAGUUAACUAAAUGAUUAAAAUAAUGGGAGAAAAAUAAACAAUAGCAAAUCAUCAAUACCAACAAGUUAAUCAUCUUCAUCUUAAUUAUCAUCAUCAUCAUCAUCAUCCAGUAUCAGACUCGUUUAAACAAAUACAAUUCACUUAACCCAUUCCUGAUUUUCAUUAUGUUUUUCAUCCUCAAGUGAAUAGAUAAAUCAUAAUAAUUACAAUUUAAUGUAUUCUAAUCAUUUUCCUGUUUUUUCUGUUAUUUACUAAUCAUAAUGUCCAUUGAAUUGAAACCUUUAAUGACUUGAUUGAUUAGGAACAAUUUGUCCAACAUUAAAUCUCUCACCAAAUUGUAAUUGAAUCACUUAAAUAAUCAAAUGAUGUUUUAAAUGGGGAAAUAAAAUAAUUGAUUAAAUUAUUAAA